AUGCUGGAUGAUAGAGGAGAACUAGAUGAACGACUGAUUGACAGUGUGUGGGAACAAGACGCCGAGCUGAAGGGAAAUAAACAGAUUCUUCUUCGCAUUUGUCAACGCUUUGACUUGCUAGUUGAACUACCGGAGGAACAAGCCAACGAAAAAUGGAAGAAAUAUUUAGUACCUUGUGUGCUGAAAACCCAACCCAAUCCAGACGGUUAUUUGAAAAUGCAGAAAAUUCCUCCAUUAUAUUUGAUGUUUGACGGCGGAUUCUGUCCCCCUGGUCUCUUUCAUCGCCUGGUGGUCUGCUGCCACAGGAAGUGGUCCUCUCACGACCAAAAUCCAUACUGUGACUAUGCAUGCUUCAAGGUGGACCGCUCAAUUCACACAAUAUUGGAGUUAUGUAAUGAAGGAGACGGCACAUUCAAAAUCAUGGUUGGCUCGUUGAAAAGAAGUGUCAACGUCUUGGAGGGCGACAGUGCAUUCCAGGUACUUAGCUAUAUCAUGCAGGAGCUAGACCGACUUAUUGGCGCCUACUUCCCUUACCUGAAGUACAGCAUUGGGUUCCGCUUCCCACACGGCCUGGAGAAACUGACAGAAGAUCUGAAGACAGAGAUGUUGGAGAGUGACGACGUGUGUCCGCCUGGAUGCCGAGAAGUUAUUGAAACCGCCCCGUACAGGAAGUGGCUCAGGAAAAAUGAAAAUACCUUUUGUCCAUCAGCCAGAAUCGCUGUCUAUCCUCCUGAUGACUUGAUGUGCGACUUAGCAAGAAAUAUUGGAUUUGAGUGGGAGGAAGUAGCUGCCUAUCUUGGAGUGGAGAGACCUCAGAUAGAUCAUCUCAAACUCAACUUCCCCAGUGACACACUUGGUCAGAUUCGCAAUAUGCUGUUUCAGUGGAGAGAAGGAAUGGGGGCUUGUAGCAAUGAGGAGCGUCGAGACAAGUUGAAGAAAGCGUUGGCAAGGGCCAGACGCACGUAUGCAGGCCAGUGGUUGCGAGGCACCAGACAUGGAUAUGGUGUACGACAGAGCGUUACCUAUGGGCUGGCUUCACACUAUCGUCCCAAGGCAAUGCGGGACUCCCUGACCUCACUACGCAGUGAGCAAGAAGACGACAAAGUGGUCAAAGAAAGAGACAAAAAACUGGACGAGAGUCGUGGAGGAUUUGUCCUGCGAGCACACGCAGAGGAGGAUUUAUCAACGCGGCGUAAAUCCAUAUUUGACAAACAUGGACGUUCCAGUCUAAAGAAGUCUUUUCUUUCUGGGCUAAAACUACGCAAACAGAAAAGUACAGGAGACAUCAACGAGUCUGCUGCGAGGCCGGGAAGGCCUACAGGAUCUAUGCGCAGCACCAUCAGCAGCAUAAGCAGAAUCAGUGCUAAUUCAGUACAGUCUGGAGUAACGGAUGCCUCCAUGAAAACUGACCAGGAGAGUAAUCACAGUUUUAUAAGCCAAGAUGAUAUAGGAGAUAUUAAUACCACUGAGAGUUAUGCUGGAGAAUGGAAGAAUGACAAACGUUCUGGAUUUGGUAUCAGUAAAAGGACAGAUGGACUCAAGUAUGAAGGAGAGUGGUAUAACAACAAAAAAUACGGCUAUGGAGUAACAACUUUUAAAGAUGGUACAAGGGAAGAAGGGAAAUACAAAAAUAAUGUAUUGAUCUCCUCGGGGAAGAAAACUAAACUUUUCGUAAGAACCUCAAAACUAAAAGAACGUAUUGAAAAUGCAGUUAUGGCAGCCAGACAUGCUGAAGAAAUUGCAUUGCAAAAAGCAGAAACUGGAAACUCAAGAAUGGAAAAUGCACGAACAAAAGCAGAGCAAGCCUUAAUGGUUGCACAACAAGCCCUCAGAGAUUCCGACCUGGCAAGACUCUGUGGAAAACAGUAUGCCCCAGAAUUUCACCAGCCAGGCACAGACAUUUUAAAAAAGAAAUUGCAAGAGAAUGAUGGCAAGGUUGAUAUGGGAUACCUUACCCCAGUGGCUCAUAACCACAACCCUCACCAACGCUCCAAAUCCCUCAUGGACCGAAGUCCAAAAAGCACACCACCUCUGGGGCGGAAAGGUAGCUCAGAUGGUGGGGCGACAUUCUCGGCCCUUUCCUCAGCCCUAGACUGUGCGUUGGUUGGAGGGGCUGGCAAAUUGGGAAACCAUCGCCAUGAAAACGGUGGUGCAGGAAGUGGGUUGGGACAUGGUGCACCAGCACCCCCUAUGAUUCCUCAAGUUCGUGAACCUAUUCAACCAAUGACAAUGUCAUAUCAAAGUCAGGCACAGCCCCCAGGACCUGCUAUGGGGAAUGGAGGGGGUGGUGAAAGAUUAACAGAACAUCCUCAUGUUCGAUAUCGUGAAAAUGUGGCUCGUAAUAAUGGUCAGCCUGGCAUGCAGCCUUCACCCAGGUACAGUCAUUAUAAUGACUUAACACAGUCAUCCUUAAUGAAUGAUCACUUUGAUCAGUACAGGACUACUAAUCAGACAGAUUCUGGUCUGGGCAAGGAGAUCUAUGAUCACCAGACCAGCCAUACAAGUGACACUCCAGACUCUGGGGUCUCGGACAGCUUCGAUUCUGAUGAGGCUAAACAUCCCCGUCCUCUACAGCGCCGGACGUCUUUACCAUGUAUUAUUCGCAAGGGAGGAGAGAAAACCAAGAAAUCCCCCACCACAGACAACAGUAUACACCUCAGCUCAGAGAGCCUAACCCCAGAUAAAUCAGAGACGUACAUCAUAGAGAAUGGGAUACGAAAACGUGUCUGUGCAGAGGUCCAGGCCACAGGAAGCAGUGUUCAGGACAGUAUGGAGGCAGUGCUGCCAAAGAGAUACACCUUAGACAGCCAGUCUCCGAAAGGAAGGAAAGGAAACCGAGGAAGUUUACCAGAUGUAACAGAGUGUCAAGAACUUUUAAAGGAUGUGAUGCCACGGCGAGAAGCUGCAAAACUGAGUAAUCUUCGACGAGAGGAGUUAGUCAGGGAAAGGGAUGCAUUAGCUAGAAGGAAAGAACAGGAAUUGGUGCUCAACCUCGCUGAUGUAAAGGAUUGGUGUCAACAACGUCAGCUGAUGAUGUUGGUAAUAGCUGUUAAUGUUUCCUUGGCAACAAUGUUUUUCAACCUUCUGACCUGAGAGCAUCUGAGUUCUGAGGUCUUGAAUCUGCAGCAUCUCUUCUCGGAUUUUGGGGAGAAAACUCAGCCUGUCGGAGCUUUCAGCUGGAAAAUGUCAACAAACAAUCAGUUUUUUUCAAGGCUCAAUGAGAGAAGAAACACAAGCAAGCCGAACGAAAAUGAACUUAAAAACAAAAACAAAUAUGUCCCAUUUCAUGCUUUCACAUAACCAAGCAAGAAGGAAGUGUGCCCCAUCUAGAAGAAGAAAAAUAAGAGUACUGUGUAUAGACAAAAACAAACAUCAUAUACACAGAAGCUCAGAAUUGCUCUGGUCUUGGUAACCAUAGUAAUCAUGACUGACCCAUCAUUAUUGACAAUUACUUCAUGAAGCACCACAUGUGAUAAGCUUCAGUAACAAAUGACAGCAAGCUAUUUUGUGAAUGUCAUAGGUUUAAUCAAUGCAGAACAACAGCACAUCAUUAAAAAAAAAAUGAAAGGAAACCAGUGGGGAGCCUGCUUUGUGAUUGUGUCAGGAAGUGAUGGCAAAAAUUCUUACAGCACAAACUGCUAGGCCAAGUACAAUCCUGAUUGAUACAUUUAAGAACAAGGGGAAAAGCAUGAAAUUGUAAACAAACGGUGCAAAGAUUAUAAUUAUCAUUACUUUUGCAUUAAAAAAAAUUUGCACAUAAUUUGUGUCCCUCACAGUUUUUAGUCAAAUUUCCUGUAAUGCAUAAGCAGCAAAAACUCUCAGAAUAUUCCGCACGUAACUCUAAAUCCCAAACCCUAAAUCCCAAACCAUUCCAGUAUGGCUGCUCUUCUAGGUUUUUUUCUGAGAUCACUACAUGGUUUUUGUAAUGAUACCAUCAGAAUUAUUGGACAAAAUACAGCUCUGAGCUCAAGUACAAUUUCAUUGUAAUAUUCUAAGUUGCCAUCUUUAGAAAAAUGCCACCAGUUUAAGCAAGAUGCACAAGUCCAGUAAGAUUAUAUUAAUGUAGGAUUAAGGGUUGAAUAUACCACUCUUUUACAGUGCUCUUUUCCAUGGUAGAAAAAAAAAACAACAACACUUGGCUGUUGAACUAAUGUAUAUGUAUGAAACCAUCAUUACAUGAUGAAAGGCAGGAGCAACGGCCAUGAGCACACGAGAGAAAAUAAUUCAAGAUCUGGACUGCAUUUCCAUUAAUCAUGUUCAGAAAUCUGGAUCAUCAGUGAACCUGAAUCACUUGGAUGAAAUCUGCAUUACCUGGAAACUAUCUGAAUUGCUUGGAUAUGAUCGAGUCAUUUGGGGGAAUGUCUGGCCCAGCACUUCAUAUACUGGCAAUGUUAGGAGGGGAAAUCAUUUAUGGACUUUGAGAUAUCAUCUGACAUUAUUCUUAACAUAACUCUGAGGGAAUACUCAAAAUAUGUAGCAUUUCAUGAUGAAAAGAUUGCAACAAAUGGAAAUUGCUUGGAGCAUAAGGCAUCCUAUGACACCUCAUCUACUUUUGGCCACAUUCUAUAUUGAACAUGUUGACAUGAAAAAAAAAAUGAACGAAGAGAAAAUACUGGCUAAUAUAUGAGAGAAAGAGAAAGACAAAUGCUGUGAAAGCCUUCAAUGAGAGAAAAUAAGUUUUAUCAACAGACUUGAAAAUCAGUCAAAGGGCAAUACUUUUAAAAGAAGCAAAAUUUCUUCCUUCACUUAUCGCAUUGUGCUAAAGUAUAUUGUGCUAAAGUAUAUUUUUUUGUUUUUUUUUAAAGAAAGUUUGGACAAUAACUAAAAUCUUUCAGUUGUUAGGUUUUCACUUAUUUUUUAUCCAGUUCUGCCAGCAAAAUAUUUCUGAUCUACUGAUGUUAUAAUGAUCAGAAAGGAAAAAGAGACAUUAAAGUUAAGAAGGCUUUUUGUCAUAUUACUUUUGUAUCAGUCAGCUCAAUUUAUGUGGUGUGUGUUAAAAUUGAAAUUUUACCACUUUUAUGUCCCAUGAACUUGGGAUGUGGUCUUAUGAUUAUCUAUAUAACAAUACUCCAAGUGAUGUUUCCGUGACCAGUCUAACAGGUGAUCUCACCGUUAUCGAUCACUGGUCAAUAUUUGUGUCUUUCUUCUAUAUAUAAUCAUAUUUAAUAACAGUGUAUUAAUACUAUGUUGAAAUAUUGAGGUUUUGCUGGAAUAUUGUGAGCUUGUUUAAAUAUUACUUACACACAUCUGUUAAUUAAGAUUGAAAUAUGUUUGUUUAAGGCCAACAGAGUGUGAAGUUAUUCUGUUAUAUAUAAAUAUAUAUAUAUAUAUAUUUAUGCGAGUGUGUAGUACAUUGGGAAUCCUGUUCCAGUUAUAACAUCACAAAGUUCAAGAAAUUUCUUUUGUAAUCAUUUAAUGCUAAUAGAAUACAUACACAAUAUUAAAGAAAACAAACCCUGUGAUUUUUUUUCUUUUACAAAAUAAUACCUUUUCAGCUUUUGAACUUUUCAAGCUGGGUAUGUGUGAUUUUCACCAUUUUGCAAUGCAUAUAUUUGUAAUGUUUAAGGCCUGGCAAAUUUAUUGUAAUUAACAAUAACAUCAUGAAAAUAUAUAUUAAAUGAUGAUUGGUAGAGCACGUAUUGCGUUGGACAUGUAUUCAGCUUCCUUAGAGUCACUCAGUACCUAAUAAUUUUUUGAUUAGUAUUUGUAUUGAGGGCGAGUACUUUUUCUGUGAGUUAAUGAAGAUGCCCUCACAUGGUAUUUGAUACAUGUCCCUAACUGAAGUAAUGUUAGAUUGUAGAAUAGUUUUGAAUUUGUGAGUUUUCAGACUUUUGCAAUGAGCUCCUGAAAACAGGGAAUUGAUGUAUAAACUAUCUCAUCCGAAGAAAAGAUGCUGCUGAAGCAUCCAUCAGUCGAUCAUUACUUGUUUUUUUCACUAUUAUACAUUUUCUUUAGAAGCAUUCACUAUUUACAAUUAAAAAAACUUUUAUUAAAUCAGUUUAUUUAAAAGAGGAUUAAGGUUGCACCAUUGAGUGAGGAGGAAUGUUAUAGGAUAAAAUAAUAGCAAGUCACAUUUUGUGUAUGUUUCUAUUCCACUCCUAAGUAUUGUUAAGUUCUACAUGUCUCUAACCAGACUUAAAACACUCUUUGCUCUGUACACAUGUUAUAUAAACCUUGGUGUGAAGAAUAAAAUCAUGGUCUCUGUCUUAUCAA